AUGAAGAUUGAACCUGGUACUCUAGUGUACCCCCUAAACAUCCUAUUAACCCCCUCAAAUAACCCCGUGGAGUUAAACGCUUACAGACACUGGAUGUAUGAAAGUUUUGCGCAUGUUUAUAGCAACAAGAGCGUGAAAGUUGUAAAAAUAAUUGAUUUUGAAAUUAAAUUGGCCAAACUAAUGACUAAAGUUAGGAUGGAGAGAACUACAGUGGACGAGUUAUCCAAGAAAACUCGCGUAAAUUUCGGGCAAGUUUUCGAGUUUUUAUAUGGGAAUGUUACUGGGGGUAAAAUUGUUGUUGUUAAGAAUUUUUAUUACUUGAGAAGUUUGGUUUUGCUGCUAAAAAGAACAGAUGUAAGCACUAUAGAAAAUUAUUUACUGUGGACAAUAAUCAAAGACCUAUCAAGGGAAACCACAAAAUACAUGAGAAAUCUGAACUUUAUAGUGGACAACGCGGUUUUGGGAGUUCAAUCAGAUUUGUCAAGAGAAGUUGAAUGCACCAAUAAAAUAAAGGAGUACUUUGGUGUUGCAAUAAUUCCGGAAUAUUUGAAGUUAUAUUUUAACGAUAAUACUCUGGGAAAUGUCAAGGAAAUGAUAAAAAAUAUAAAAAACGAGUUUAUAGGACUUUUAGGGGCAAAUAAAUGGUUGUCAGGUGAAACUAAGUUAUUAAGUGUAGAGAAAGUUAAUUCUAUUAAAGAGUUUGUUGGUUUCCCUGAAGACUUUGAAGAAAUACAUAAUAUUGAAAUGUUAUAUCGUGAAGUUAUUAUUAUUAUUAAUAGAAGGCAAGCGAACAAGGACGGCGUCGUUUCGCAGUGGUGGCCCAAGACCGACGUCGCCCGAUUUCAAACGAACGCGCGGUGCUUUAUAAACCAAUACAACAAAUACAACUCCAACGGGUUUUUGACCGUCGGAGAAAAUAUCGCCGACAACGUGGGGUUGAACAUCGCUUUGAAUGCGUUAAAAAAAUUGGAGGGGUCCGGAGAUGCACCUAUGAUGCCCUUUUUAGAGGUCUACAAUGGUUAUCAGGUGUUUUUUAUCAGUUUUUCGCAGAUGUGGUGUGAAAUUUCUAGUGGAGAGGAUAUUUUUAAUGAAGAACAUUCUUCAGUUAAAAACAGAGUGAAUGGUACCUUAUCGAAUAGUAGAAGUUAUUAUACUUACUUUAACUGUAAAAAUAAAAGUAUAGAUAAAAAAUGUACCUUGUGGUGAAUAAAUUAUUUU